GAGUUCUCCCUCCAGCGCCUGGACAGUUUGCUGGAUGACCGAGUCAACAUCCUAGGAUUUUCUAUCUUCAACCAGUCUCAUGCUUUCUUCCAAGAGUUUGUCCAGAGCCUCAACCAGUCCUGGCAGGAGAAUUGUGAUCAUGCUCCUUUUACUGGACCAGCACUCUCUUCAGCACUGCUGUUCGACGCCGUGUAAUACGCCGUGGUGCCCGCGGUGCAGGAGCUGACCCGCAGCCAGGAGAUUGGGGUGAAACCUCUGUCCUGUGGCUCUGCCCAGAUCUGGCAGCAUGGCACCAGCCUGAUGAACUACCUGAGAAUGGUAGAAUUGGAAGGUCUCACCGGCCACAUCGAAUUCAACAGCAAAGGGCAACGAUCCAACUACGCCCUCAAGAUCCUGCAGCACACCCGUGGUGGCUUCAGGCAGAUUGGCCACUGGCACGUUUCUGAAGGACUCAGCAUGGACAACAGGAUCUUCUCCUCCAACAUAUCAGAGAGCCUGUUCAACACCACACUCAUUGUCACCACCAUCCUGGAAAACCCUUACUUAAUGCUGAAGUGGAACCAUCAGGAGCUGGAAGGCAAUGACCGCUACGAGGGCUUCUGUGUGGACAUGCUGAAGGAGCUGGCAGAGAUCCUACGCUUCAACUACAAGAUCCACCUCGUUGGGGAUGGUGUGUAUGGAGUCCCCGAGGCAAACGGCACGUGGACAGGGAUGGUCGGGGAGCUCAUUGCUCGGAAAGCUGACUUGGCUGUGGCAGGGCUGACGAUCACGGCGGAGCGGGAGAAGGUGAUUGAUUUCUCUAAGCCCUUCAUGACGUUGGGAAUUAGCAUUCUCUACCGAGUUCAUAUGGGCCGCAAACCUGGCUACUUCUCCUUCCUGGAUCCCUUUUCUCCUGGCGUCUGGCUCUUCAUGCUGCUCGCCUACCUGGCUGUCAGCUGUGUCCUGUUCCUGGUGGCUCGGUUGACACCAUACGAGUGGUACAGCCCCCACCCCUGCUCCCAAGGUCGAUGCAAUCUUCUUGUCAACCAGUACUCCCUGGGCAACAGCCUGUGGUUCCCAGUUGGGGGGUUCAUGCAACAAGGCUCCACCAUUGCCCCCCAGGCACUGUCCACACGCUGUGUCAGUGGAGUCUGGUGGGCAUUCACCUUGAUCAUCAUCUCCUCCUACACGGCCAACCUGGCAGCGUUCCUCACCGUGCAGCGCAUGGACGUCCCCAUCGAGUCUGUAGAUGACUUGGCUGACCAGACAGCCAUCGAGUAUGGCACCAUUCAUGGAGGCUCCAGCAUGACCUUCUUCCAAAACUCUCGUUACCAGACCUACCAGAGGAUGUGGAACUACAUGUACUCCAAGCAGCCCAGCGUCUUCGUGAAGAGCACGGAGGAAGGGAUCGCGCGCGUGCUGAACUCCAACUACGCCUUCCUGCUCGAGUCCACCAUGAACGAGUAUUACCGUCAGCGCAAUUGCAACCUCACGCAGGUCGGGGGCCUUCUGGACACCAAGGGCUACGGGAUUGGCAUGCCCGUCGGCUCCGUGUUCCGCGACGAGUUCGACUUGGCCAUUCUCCAGCUGCAGGAGAACAACCGCCUGGAAAUCCUCAAGCGCAAAUGGUGGGAAGGAGGGAAGUGCCCCAAAGAGGAGGACCACAGAGCCAAAGGCCUGGGAAUGGAGAAUAUUGGUGGAAUCUUCGUGGUGCUCAUCUGUGGCUUAAUCGUAGCAAUUUUUAUGGCAAUGCUGGAAUUUUUGUGGAGUCUUCGGCACUCUGAGCAGUCAGAGGUGUCAGUGUGCCAAGAGAUGGUGUCGGAGCUGCGCAACAUCAUUCUGUGCAAGGACAGUUUCCACCCUCGUCGGAGGCGAGGGGGGAUGGUACGGACUCGCCCCGUUCUCCCCGAGGAGCGCCGAGCCCGCAGCACAACCACGCUCAGCAAUGGCAAACUGUGCAGCGGGGGAGAGCCAGACCCCCUGGCACAAAGACUGGCACAAGAGGCUGCCCUGGUGGCCCGAGGCUGCACACACAUCCGCGUGUGCCCCGAGUGCCGCAGGUUCCAGGGUCUCCGGGCGCGGCCGUCGGCAGGGUCACCCGCGCGAAGCGAAGAGAGCUUGGAGUGGGAGAAGACCACCAAUAGCAGCGAGCCCGAGUAA